UGUCAAGACGGCAGAGUCUUGGGGCAAAAACAGAAGUGACAUGCUUGUACAACAUAAAAUCAACACUGUGUAACUCCUUCACAGCUUCAUUGUGCAGCAAUAAUGGCCUUGCAGAAAGCAGUUAUGUCAGGGAGUGACCAUCAGAAUGAGAGCUUGUCUUUGAUUGCCACUGAGACUGGUGCAGGUGAUGGAAAAGAUCCCGAGUACAGCAGUUCAGAGCAUUGGCUUACGCUGAGAGACAAUGUGGAGAGGUCCAGACUGGAGGGGGGAUUUGCUGACCUCAUCAUCUGUGUUGGCCGUCGCAGGUUUCCAUGCCAUCGUGUUAUACUUGCAGCAGGUGCCCCUUACUUUAGAUCUAUGUUUUCAUCAGGAAUGGAAGAGUGCCGAAAAAAGGCCAUUGAAAUCAAGGAGAUUGACCCUGAAGUGUUUGAACAUACUCUUCGUUACAUCUACACUGGACAGAUAAACAUAAGUGUGCCAAUUGCUCCAGAGCUCUUUACUCAGGCUCACAUGUUCCAGAUUGCCUCCCUGGUAGAACUGUGUUUCCAGUUUUUCCGAGAAAAUAUCAAUGAAUGUAACUGCCUAGGUGCCCUUACCCUUGCGGAUAUCCAUGGUCACAAGCAGCUGUAUGAGUUUGCUAAAGCCUUCACUUGUGCUCACUUCACCACUUUGGUCGAGGAAGAAGACUUUCUGAAACUAUCUUUUGAUUGCAUCGGGGACUUGUUUAAGGACCGGCGCCUAAACUGCACAGCAGAAGAGAUUGUGUAUGAGGCAGCCAUCAAGUGGUUGGAUUUUGAUCCUGAAGCUCGUAAGGCAUACCGCACACCUGUGUUGGAAUGUAUUAAGUUCCCCCUGAUACGAGAAAAUUUUCUAAUGGACAUCGUUGUACGCUCGUCAAACCCAGGGGGUGAGGACAAGGGCAGAGACCUUCUGGAAGAUGCGGUGACUUUCCACACCAUUCCAUCCAGGAGAAACAUGCUGCCAGCCUACCAGACAACCCCUCGCUUAUCCUUUCCCAUGUUCGAGGCAUCAGUACUUCUUGGAGGCCGAUUAUCUGAUGGUUUGAGCAAUGAUGUCACAGGCUAUAGAUCAGACACAUCCGAGUUCUUCAGCAUGAAGCAACUGCCCUUUAAAAAGAGAAACGAGUUCGCGGUCUGCACUAUUGGGGACACAAUAUAUGUCUCCGGGGGAUUGAGGAGUGCAGAAUUUUGGAAAUAUGACACUGCUUUUGAGACAUGGCUUCGUGGGUCAUCCCUUCUUCAUGCCAGAAGAAGACAUUCUAUGGUGGCUGUUGAUGAUGUCAUCUAUGUCCUCGGAGGAUUUGAUGAGGAAAAUGUCUUGGGAUCUGUGGAAAAAUGGUGCAGUAAAUCUAACAAGUGGGAGAACUGUGGGAACCUGACUUACCCUGUGGAAAACAUGGGAUAUGUUGCAUACGGACACAAGAUAUACCUUUUUGGAGGAAAGAACAAUGACGAGCUUGUAACCAAUACUGUUCAGUGUUUUGACACAAUGACGUCAACUUGUGUGCAGCUAACCAAAGGUCUGCCAGUGAAUGACAUGUGCCUUAGUGCUGCUGUCCUCAAUCAGCAAAUCUACAUUGUUGGGCUGGAGGGUGUCUUCCGCUUUUAUCCAGUAGCAGAAACAUGGGAAAUACUCAAGGACAUGAAAACACCAAGAGAUUUUAUCAGUUUGGCUGUACUGGACGAAAAGCUCUACUCUUUUGGUGGGCGUCGCCGAGGGGCAAAGGAUAACCUGUACUCAUACGCAGUGGAAUGCUAUGAUCCCAAGCUGAACACAUGGAAAGAAGUGGGGAAGAUGCCAUGUGCCAUGUACUGUUAUGGUUGUGUCAGAGUCCUACUUUGUGGUAAAUCAAAGGCAGGUGAAACUGUAAGCUGACUUGAAAUUUACUUGAGUUAUUUACAUGUACAUAUCUCUAUAACUGUGCUGUUUACUUUUGUGAGGGAUAAACUUUAAUAUUUUAAGAACAUUUUAAUACAUCAUUUCAUGUGUUAACCUUGUUGGUUUGAUAUGGUAUCUAGCCAGUCCAGUGACCAUACUUACAUCCUGUGUAACUGGUAAAUGUAUGUAGCAGUGUUGUGUAUUUAGAGACAUUUUAUAUUGUCGUUUCAAUAUUUUGGAAUAACGCAUUUGUUGUAAAUUUUAUUUGAGUGAUGAUUUGCAAUGUGCAGAACCUUGUUGAUUUGCACCAUGUACAUGUGCUUUUACUUACAAAUCUUUAAAAGCCAAAUACAAAUUGAGUACCCCCUUGGUAUAAUGAUAUAUUUUUAAGUGCUGGUAGUAGACCUUCCAUUCCAGUUCAUAUCUGCCUCAUCAAUGGCGCCAAUAAUGUACCUACAUGAACUUAUGGAGAGCAUCAUAAUAUAUUAUAUCAGUGUUAUUUAUUGUGGGUUUG